GUGCUCAAAAACAGAGUCUCUCUGUGGAAACCCGGUCCCCCAAUCCCGGAGAGAGUUGGAUGAAGAGAGGUACCGACUCCUGUCCCACCCAGGACGCAGCCUUUGGUCUCCACCCUUCUGGGGCAGGGCAGGCAUCUCUGCUCUUCUGCAAAGGAAAGACCAAGCACGCUGUCGUCUCCCUGGGAGGACCGGUGCAGGCGUACCUGUAACUGCCGUGGUCCCAUUGGGUUUGAGGGUCAAUUUUUCAUCCCUUCACAAGAAAAGAUGCGUUGGAAGACGUUGCUGCUUCUGCUGUUGUAUUACAAUGCUCAGGCGACCGUGUCCCACGGGUGGAGCAGGGCCGUGCUCUUCCCUGCUGCCCAUCGGCCAAAGAGGUCCUCAUCCGUGCCACUGAACCCAGUCCUGCAGACCUCCCUGGAGGAAGUGGAGCUGCUCUACGAGUUCCUGCUGGCUGAACUUGAGAUCAGCCCUGACCUGAAGAUCUCCAUCAAGGAUGAGGAGCUCGCCUCCUUGCGGAAGGCCGCGGACUUCCACACCGUCUGCAACGAUGUGAUCCCCAAGCGCAUCCCAGACAUCCGCAGACUCAGCGCCAGCCUCUCCAGCCACCCUGGCGUCCUCAAGAAAGAAGACUUUGAAAGGACAGUGCUGACCCUAGCCUACACGGCCUACCGCACGGCCCUGUCCCAAGGCUAUCAGAAGGACAUCUGGGCCCAGUCCCUCGUUAGCCUCUUCCAUGCCCUGCGGCAUGACUUGGUGCGGUCCUCACGUCCUGGAGCACCUCCCUGAGGGACUAGCCCACACCAGGACCUCGGAGCAGGGGCCGGCACACACAGUGGUCCAGAAAGUCUUCAUCCUCUACUCCAUUUACAGAGACCAGCAACAAAACGUGCACCUCCGACACAGAGUGACAGAGACAAAAUAAGAGUAGCCCCGAUGCUCUUUUACCCCUUGUAGCUUCCCGGUAGACACAUCUGAUUCAUACCGUAAGGUGACCUGGGCUGGAGCGGUGACCCAAGAUGCCUCCAGAGGAGGAAUGGUUUCCCUGGUGACAUGCAGAAGUCUAAGAUAUGCGUCAGCACAGAGUGAUUGCUACAUGCACCCCAGGGUGACAACAGAGCUGAGGGGACAUCACAGAGGUUUGGGCAUGUCAGGAAGACAAGGGGCAGAUUCCUUUGGUCCUGAGGGACCAGGGUGCUGGGUUGAAUGAACAUUUUUCCAGAGGUUCUAUAGUAAAUAUAAAGUAAUCAGAGCUAUAUCCAAAUAAAUAUAUUGUUAGCCAUGGAUAUACUUCUUGACUUUUCCAAAAACUACCAAGAAGAAUCAGUUAGAAAAUCUGUAAUUUUAUGACCUAUAUCUCUUAACUCGUCUUUUAUGAAAGCUGGUCUAACACAGAGGAGAAACAGGAAGGAGGCCCACAGAAAUGCUAACAGUCCACUCAUGAUCUCUUUGGAGAAAUACUAGGAUGCAGAAGGAAGGUAUUCAUCAUCAGAGAAAAAUGCAACUUUGCAUCCUGAUAAUUCUCAGGGCCAGAAGAUCAAUGACUCUCUCUCUUUCUCACUCCCUGAUUAUACUGCUCUUUCACUCCCUCAAAUGCAGGUUCUGAUCUAUGCUUUUUUGUUCAGUCUUUCUAACAUCACAUGUUCUCUCUGAGAUGGUCACUCUGCUUGUCUUUUUCUUUCUUUUCAUUUCAGUCUGUGUCUCUGCUGCUCUAUAUUUGGGCCCAGUUCUGAAUAUCUUUGUAUUCGUUUCUUGAUGCAUCUCCAAGUCUCCUCUGGUUGCCUCUUGCUCUGUGUCUGCCUGUCGUAUUCUGACUCUCACUGUCUUCCAGUCUCCUCUGGGUAUCACUGUCGGAAUAAAACAAAGGCCAACAUACAGACAGAGUUGAGAUCACCCAGGAGCAGAGCCACCUGAUAGCCCACCUUCACUAUUUGUGCUUUUCCUGGAUGUGGGGUGGGGAGUGGAACACAGAUGGUCUCUAUCUCUAGACAUUGUGCAAUACCCUGACAGAGUCUUGUAUCCUGCCCUGAGAUUCCACCCCCUGAGAAUAGAUACGAGAGCUUUCUUGUACUCAGAAUCAUCAGCUGGAAAGACUGUCCACCAUCUAUAUCACUGUUGUGAUACAGAUGGCCGCUCCCAAUGGUAGGAGAUCUGUGAAUGGGAGGAUGGGUCCCAGGACCAUUGAUAGCAAUGGUAGUUCAUUCACCAACAACAAAAACAUUAAAGGUACUUUGUAUUUAUAAAUUGUGGCCUGAAUUUAUGUGGCAAUCAAUGACUUAAAAAAAUAGA